AUGCCAGCCUCUCAGAAUAUCCCUCCCAUCGUGGAGCCUUUCGUUUCAGACCGGGCAUUAAAGAUGUUGGACGUGGUCGAGAAGUUCGUCGAGGAAGAAGCCAUCCCCGCCGACCCAGUGUACUCAUCUCAAAUCGGCAUCGGCGAGGCGCGAUGGCAAGGUCACCCAUCUAUCAUGGACGACUUGAAACGCAAAGCCCGCGCAGCAGGGAUCUGGAACAUGUUCCUGCCCAAGAACCAUUUCAAAGAAGGCCCGCAAUUCACCAAUGUCGAGUACGGUCUCAUGGCGGAGCAAUUGGGCAAGAGUAUCACAGCAAGUGAGUCAUGUAACUGCGCCGCGCCCGACACAGGCAACAUGGAAGUCAUCGCGCGGUACGGCACGGCCGCACAGAAAGAAAAAUGGCUCAAACCCUUGAUGGCAGGCGAGAUCCGCUCCGGCUUCCUCAUGACAGAACCCGACAUCGCCUCGUCAGAUGCGUCGAACAUCCAACUUCGCAUGCAGCGCCAGGGCGACUCUUACAUCCUCAACGGCUCGAAAUGGUGGUCUUCCGGCUCCGGCGACGACCGCUGCAAGAUCUUCAUCGUCAUGGGCAAGACCGACCCCAACAACCCGGACAAAUACAAGCAGCAAUCCAUGCUGUUGGUUCCCGCAGAUACCCCUGGAAUCAAGGUGCACCGUAUGCUCAGCGUAUACGGCUACGACGACGCCCCCCACGGCCACGGCCACAUAACAUUCACCAACGUCAAAGUCCCCGUCGACUCUCUGUUGCUAGGUGAAGGCCGGGGCAACGAAAUUAUGCAAGGCCGCCUCGGCCCCGGACGCAUCCACCACGCCAUGCGCGCCAUCGGUGCCGCCGAACGCGCACUAGAAUGGCUGAUCAACAGACUUAACGACAAACGCAAGAUCCCCUUUGGUAAACCGUUGAGCGAACAUGGGGUCCUGCUCGAAUGGGUUGCAAAAGCGCGCAUCGAGAUCGAUGCAUCCCGUCUGAUCGUGCUCAACGCCGCGAUCAAGAUCGACCAGCGUGACGCUAAGCACGCUCUCAAGGAGAUUGCAGAGGCCAAAGUCAAGGUCCCGCAGGUUGCACUUGAGGUGAUUGAUCGCGCGAUCCAGGCUCAUGGCGCCAUGGGUGUUUGUCAGGAUACCCCACUGGCGUAUAUGUGGGCUCACCUCCGGACAUUGAGAAUUGCUGAUGGGCCGGAUGAAGCACAUCUGAGCCAACUCGGUCGUCGCGAGAAUAGGCAGCGCAAGGACGAGAUCCAGGCAAGGAUCGCAAAACAGCAGAGCAAGACGGCGCAACUUUUCCAGUCUCUAGGAUUAGAACGGCAGGAGUUGGGCGCGGCAAAGUUCAAGGCGAAGCUGUAG